GCCCCUUUAACAAACUUCACCUGGACACACCUGAACUUCCACUUCGGGAGUUUCAUUUCAAUAGAGGAAAACCAAUCCUGAAAGCAAAAUAACCUGCGCUGAAAUUUGGAGCCAGGUACAAUGGACACGGGCCCUCCUGGACCAGCAGCGGUGCCCCAAACCCCUGAAUGGGUAGCAGAUGUGGACAAGCUAACAAAGAAUGUAAAGAACAAUGCGGAAGAGGAAGAGGAAAUGAUCAAGUCUGCAAAUAUGGAACCCAGUACCCUACAGUGGCCUGAGAAUAAACCUGGACCACAGAUUCUGCCAGUCCAGGAUGGAGAGAGCGUGAGCAUGAGAUCAGAUUGCUUCUCGCUCCGGGGUGGAGUGAGCCGUACUGAGAGCGAAAGGGAAGAUUUUGGAAUGGGAGAGAAGGGGAAGACAGGUGAGGAAUGGAGAGAAAUGGAGACAGGGAAAGAGAGCAUUUCUGACUUUGAACUGAGAAAUGGAGUGAAAAGCACCUGUUCAGAGAUAGAGGUGGAGGAGAUAAACAUGAUGCCAGAGAACGCAGCCCGAGUCUUCAGCCCCAGCGUCACCAUCCUGCGCUCCACCAGCCAGCAGGAGGCUGCAGACCACUGGAGAGAUGCUGAAGAAGAGAGAAGCGCCUUCCUCGGGACACAUGAGACACAUGGAACACCAAUAGAAGGCUAUUACCACGACUGGCCAGUCACAACCAAAUCACGCUGCUGUAACUGUGGUGGAUCUAAUCGUGAUGCUCUGAAACUGGGUGCGUCCAUGUUCACUUCAGCUUUGAUCUUCCCCUUGUUGGUGUGGGGAGGGUACGUCUUCCUGCCCUUUGAUGCCCCUCUGCUAGACAGUGCGCCCCUACGGCUGGUCUACACACUGCGCUGCUCUGUUUUUGCAGUCAUACCAAUUGUCCUUGGUAUGUUGGUACUAGGUGUGUCUCGUCUGUGGUAUCGCUCCUUAAAGCCACGGUUUGAAGGGGAGAGAGAAGUUAAGCAGGUGGAAGUUCACCAGCGCUAUGUGGAGGAUUCCAUCUCCCUCUUCCUCCUUUACUUCCUUCAACUGGCUGUCAUGGCUGCUUACCUGAAACAGGAUCUGCUGAAACUAAUUCCUCUUCUCACCAUCGUCUUUGCCUUUGGCAGGUUGCUGUACUGGGUCGCAGCCGCAUGUGGCAGUAGUUUCAGAGGAGUCGGCUUUGGUUUCUCGUUUCUGCCCAUGUUGGUUAUGCUUGUGGCCAACCUCUACUUCAUCUUCCUCUCUGAAUCCGCAGGCUCCAUCUUUGCCCCAGACAUCCCAAAGACACCUGUUCCUCAAACUAAACAGAGGUUCUGGGGCUAAACAAGCCACACCUCUGCUACUGAUAAAUGAAAGACUAGAUCUCUCUUGGCUUAGAGCCAACUUAAAUUUGUGUCUGAGAAUGUUUCAUCCAACUGUGAUUUCAUUUUUCCACUCCUGUUCUUUGCUUUCCUGACUGCUUGUAUACCAUGACCAGGUGGGUCAAAUAGCCAGAACUCCUGUGGAGAGGGAGAGAGAAUGUGGGUUUUUUUCUAGAACUAACUUAUAAAUAGAAGUUGUGUAGUGAAACUUUAAACACUAAACUGCAAAUUAAAAUGAACUACCUUUAGUACAGCCAAACAUGAACAAAGCAAAUGUAGAAUAAGCUUCUUCCCCAACCGAAAGCUCCAUGGUUGAAACUCAUCUAUUUUAAGAUGUGAAUGUCAACAAGAAGAAAACUAAAUUCAAAAUAUUUAUUCCACAAGCAUGUAUCUUUUUUAAAUUUGGUUAGGCAUUGUUUGUUUAUUCAAGUCGAAAAUAUUGUGUGGUGUGGUAAAGUUAGUGGCCCUCCCAAACUUGUAUUUUCCUACAGCCACCCUUUAAUCUCUCUUUACUAAUUUAAGGGCAAUGUGAUGUUUACUUUGUGCAAAGUGUAGACAUAGGUUUUUUUUUUUUUACAGAUUUGCAAAAAAAAUAAAUAUAUAUAUAUAUAUAUAUAUAUAUAUAAUAAUGUAUAGAAAUUUAUAACUUUAGUUAUCACAGAAAAUAGCUUGUAAUAAAAUACUUAAUUAAAUGAAAGCUGCGAGGAUAUAAGAAGCAUUUUUAGAGCAAAUGAAUGUAUUAUGCUGGAAUUAAUUCCUGUUCGUUAUUUUUUCAUAAACAAUUUUUUUUAACCCUCU